GCAGCGAAGAAGUGAAAGUAGUCCACCGUAGGCCAUAGACUGUGGGAGGGAAGGUACAGAGUAUAGAGAGAGCAAGCAAAAGAGAGAAUAAGAAAGCGGACGCCGGACGCCAUUUCAUGAAAAUUUGAAGAAUGGCGGAGGAGGCGAUUCUAGGGUACCUGCAACAUAACCAAGAAAUCUCCGACUCUGGUCGGUUCGCUGCCGAACACGGAAUCGAUCACGACGAGAUCGUCAAUGUCGUCAAGAGCCUCAAUGGUUUCAGAUACGUCGAUGCUCAGGACAUUAAAAGGGAGACAUGGAUUCUUACCGAGGAGGGAAAGGCAUAUGCUUCUGCUGGAUCACCCGAAGUGCAUCUUUUCCUCGCCAUACCACCCGGGGGUAUCGCAAAGGAAGAAUUGCAGAAAAAGCUUGAUCCAUCAGUUUACAAAAUAGGUUGUGCCCAGGCUGCCAAAAAUAAAUGGGUAGAAAUGGGGAAACUAGUAACCAGAAAGGUCCAACAUGUGGAUGAUAAGGUCAAAGCUUUGCUUCUGCAAAUAGAAGAAGGAAAGGUUGUUGGCCAAGAUGAUAUUAAGGCUCUCAAAGCUCGAAAGCUUAUUGCUCCACAGACAUGGAAGGGCUACUCAGUGAAAAAGGGUCCUAAUUAUGCUCCGAAGAGAAAGAAAGUUGCUACAGAUUUGACUCGAGAUAAUCUACAGAGAGGUGACUGGAAGGAGUUAGAGUUCAAGGAGUAUAACUUCACUGCUAAAGGUUUACCUGUGGAAAGUGGUCAUCUUCAUCCACUGCUCAAGGUACGAAAACAGUUGAAGGAUAUUUUUUGUCAGAUGGGGUUUGAGGAGAUGCCUACAAACAAAUUUGUUGAGAGCAGCUUCUGGAAUUUUGAUGCCCUUUUCCAGCCGCAACAGCAUCCUGCCCGUGAUUCACACGAUACAUUCUUCUUAGAAGCUCCUUCGACUACAAAAGAAUUGCCGGAAGAUUAUGUUGAUCGGGUGAAGAAUGUUCAUGAGUCUGGUGGUUAUGGUUCUAGGGGAUAUGGAUAUGAUUGGAAAAGAGAGGAAGCAAACAAAAACCUUCUCCGAACUCACACAACUGCUGUUUCCUCCAGGAUGCUUUAUGCGCUAGCACAGAAACCAUUUGUCCCCAAAAAGUACUUCUCUAUAGAUCGUGUUUUCAGAAAUGAAGCAGUUGAUAGAACUCAUCUUGCAGAGUUCCACCAGAUAGAAGGCCUCAUAUGUGAUCGAGGGCUCACCCUUGGUGACUUAAUAGGAGUCUUGAAUGACUUUUUCUCACGUCUUGGCAUGUCUAAGUUGCGUUUCAAGCCUGCUUAUAAUCCAUAUACAGAACCCAGCAUGGAGAUUUUCAGUUAUCAUGAAGGUUUUGGAAAGUGGGUAGAGGUUGGAAAUUCCGGCAUGUUUAGACCAGAAAUGUUGCUUCCUAUGGGACUUCCUGCAGAUGUUAGUGUUAUUGCAUGGGGCCUUUCCCUUGAAAGACCGACCAUGAUUCUAUAUGGGAUUGAUAACAUUCGGGAUCUCUUUGGACCCAAGGUGGAUAUUGGUCUCAUCAAGAAAAACCCGAUAUGUCGGCUUGGAAUUUAGUUUACGAGAUCUGCUGGUGUAAAAUUUUCCAUUUAUUCUACAACUACUGUCCCUUUUUGAGAAGAACUGGGACACCAUAUUGAGUGCCUUCAUGUUAAGGCGCCACUAGUUUCUUUGGUGCAAAAUGUCAUGGAAAUCCUAUUUAAAACUCUGAAAACAAAUAGAUCAAAUAUGUAUUAAAAUGCCAUCCGUGGUUAUUUUUUGUUAAACAAAUUUUAUCCUUGGUUAAUUGAUAAGUUGUCAAACUUUAUUGUUGUUGA